GUCACCAUGGUAAUAGAGCUGUUUGGGGGAGUUCAGAUCAGGAGCCGCGUCUGUGCAGAAGUCAGAGACUGGUGUGAAGUACCAGGCAGGUGCUGAUAGGGGCAGACACCAGACAGGCCAGAGGGCCCAUGUGCUGGUCCAGAUGGCUAGCUACAGGAGAGGCAUGGAAGGUGAAGGGUUUGGCUCCUGCCAAGGCCUGGGCCCAGGCUGGAGGGUCAACCAUGGGCCCCAGACUCUCCCUCUUGGCACAUUGUGAGGGAGAGCCCCAGCAUCAUUGUGACCCGUUUACCCCCAGCAGCCUCUGGGACAAGCAGGAGGGCAGGUGGAUACUGGGGGCACAGUGGGCUGGGGGCCUAGGGGCCCCGGUGGCCCUAGGGACCCCCAUGGCUAUGGCUGAGUGGCCACCACCUGAGUGGGCCUCGUAUCACAGCCCCAACACCAACAACUGCCAGGAUCUGGGCAAUUCCUUCCUGUUGCUGCUGGGCCUUAUCGUCUGCAUUAACAUUGGCAUCAAUAUGGUGACACUGCUCUGGCACAGACUCCGUGGCUUCUUACACCAAGUGUUCCAUAUUGUUUGUGAGAAAGAAGCUUGUAAGUCAUCUUCGCUUGGGAAGCAGACCCAGCCCCGGAAGCAGAGCUUCCCGGCAGUCCACCUUCGAUGCACCCUGGACCCUGUGAAAAUGACUGUGACCCCUCCACCCACUCGCCGCCAUCGCCAUCGAGGUUCUUCAGCAUGCCGUGCCCACCGCCCGGUAGCCUGGGCCCCAGACACUGACAAUGACGAGAAGCUCCUACAUCAGCACCCAGUAAUCUGUUCCCACAACUGGGAUCGCCCCAAGGACUGGGAAGGCUUCCAAUCUCCCCAGGGGUUCUGGGCUCCCUGGGCCCAGGACACCGUGGAGCUGCCUUCCCAGACCAUCCGCUUCCAGCAGACUGUAGAGGAAAGACCCCUGAAAAGAGAGAUGAGGUCAGAGCUGGGCCUAGAGGCCUACGUGUACCCUGUGAACCCUCCACCCCCCAGCCCUCAGGCCCUGAGCCACAAGAACAGUGGGGGCAGGGCAGGGGCAGGGGCCAAGGCGGAGCAGGAGCAGUGCUCACCAGCCCCGCCAACCCCGCCACCCAUCCGGGGCCCAGCAAUCGUCCCUGAUAUCCCCCAGCGCCGCUCCUCAGGCCGCAUAGCGUAUGAUGCCCGCGAUGUGAGGCGGCGGCUUCGGGAGCUGACCCGGGAGAUAGAGGCCCUGUCCCACUGUUAUCCCUUGGCCUCCAGAUCCAGCACUGCUGAGGGGAUGGGCAAGGACUGGGUAUACCGUUCCCUGACAGAGAGGUGACUGGGAAAAGAAUAAAAAGGAGAGAGGA